CGCCCGUUCCGGAUGCGUCCGGCGUCGCGUGCGGGUUGCUGCCGCACUCAAACGGAGUAGAGGGUUCGCACUUCUCGCUGUUGCCGAGGAAGCACCAUGGACUGUCCACAGCCAGUGCUGCUGACCAAGGAGUCAGGCAAUGAGGCAAGACCUGCCUCUGUGGAACGUCCCAUCACUGUUAUGCGCAAGGACGAGACAGUGGUUUUACCUUCCAUAGAGCCUGCUGCUGAGCCACGUCCGGCAUCAAGAAAGCAGCUGAAAGAGCAUGGACUGCUCCCUCAGACAAUGUCCCGGCCGUGUCCACUUCUCAACGAGAACCUGCAGAUGGUGGACACUGCCAUCUCGUGGCUGGGGGAGGGAACUGAGUAUCUAGUCGUCGGCGUCGUGGGGCGCCAGGGAGUCGGUAAAUCGACGGUCAUGUCCAUGCUGGGCGGAGAAGCUCCAUUUUGCCCGCUCAAGAAGUACCUGUUCCCGCCGGAGACGGUGCAGCAGGUGCUCAACAGCGAGCACCGCACCAACGGGGUGGAGAUGCUGGUGACGCCGCAGCGGGUGGUGCUGCUGGACACGCAGCCGAUCCUCUCGCCGUCAAUCGUCGACCUGCUGGCGCAGGGCGACCGCAAGCUGCCUGGAGACAGUGGGUCGCUGGAAACGCAGAUGGAGCUGCUGGCGCUGCAGCAGCUGGCCUUCCUGUACACCGUCUGCCACGUGGUACUGGUGGUGCAGGACUGGUGGGUGGACGGCGACCUCGUCAGACUGCUGCAGACUGCGGAGAUGCUGAAGCCGGCCUCGUCGACGGCCCUGUCGGACGCGACACCCACCGAACACUACCCGCAGCUGGUGUUCGUCCACAACCGCUGCACGCUGGCACACUUCCAGCCAGACAGCAUCAGCCAGAUGCAGGAGUUCUACCGGUCGGCGUUCGGCUCGUGCGGCCUGUCCGUGAGCGGCGGCGUCGGCGUCGGCACCGGCCAUGUGGUCAGCCAGGCGCAGCCGGAGGUCACGGGCAAGCCGGCCAACCUGCUGCUGCUGCCGCAGUUCCUGCCGGCCGAGGACGGCGUGACUGAAGCUUGUAAAAGAGUCGGAGCAUAG